AUGAAAACCGGUGACUUCGAAUCGCCGCAACGGACAUCCUCCAGGAUUCCGAGUGUUGCUUCGUCCAAGAUAAAGCUCGGUGCUUUUGGACGAGUCCGCAAGACGGGAUGCGAUCGGAAUGUCGCUUCGACACUUCUUCAACAACGACAGGCCUUUCGGGUCAUUCACGAGAACGUGGAUGUCACACCAAAGCCGUUAGUCCAUCCAACCUUUAGCACCAUCGAUGAGAAUCAGACGACCGCUUUGGAGACUAUCGGAUUAUUCCAGACCGGAAGCGGUUCCCAACUGCAGAUAACUUCUUCGAGAGCCAGCGGUAUCAGGACUAGUUCUUCCAUUCUCCUUAAAUCCGAUGAUUUACAAAUGGAGAGUCUGCUGUCAACGCAGGUUUGUGAGUUUUUGCCCACGGAAGAGGAUGAGGAUGCUGCACCAUCGCCAUUUUUUCUGCCUAGCGACGACUCGGCGAUAUUUCCGACAUGUCCGAAAACUGUGACAAUCACCUUAAAGGAAACGCAGACAUUCUUCAUAUUCGAGAUGCCGCAGAUGAACGUGGAUCUGCAAACGCCCGAAGGACAGGCGGUAAAACAGGAAAAUGAGAAUUAUGAGUAUGUAACAGUAGGACCGGGCUCUGAUCGGAAGCUGUUGAAUGUCGAGACGCAGACGAUACGCGUGUUGACGAAAUCACGUGGCACUUACUGUGGCCUGAGGUCCCGCAGGAAUCAAGGGAUGUUUGUGAAUAACUGGGUGAUCCAUGAUACCUACGCGGCACCGGAACUGAUGAUAGAGAAGAACGGACGUAUGAUGGUACAUACGAAAGAAUCGAUACGUCGAAUGCGAGAAGCUCAGGAAUUCCAAUACAAACUCCCUGAACCUGAAACAAUUCCUGAUCAAAGCCCCGAGGAGCAAUUGUCUCGUAUCUAUCGGAAGACAGGUUUCUUGGAUGCGGCAUGCGUAAUGGAACGUAUAAUCGCAAACAAUGUAUUCGCGGAGGCGCAAAAACGCUUUACUGGCGUAAUUAAACGCGAUCCAUGCGCUCUGGAUCUGGAAUUCGAUUAUCGCUUGGAUUUACUGUGGACAUUCGUAUUCGAAAUGGUGCACGAUCGUCCUGUAACUGCAUUUCGCUGGAGUCCGGCUAACGCGAGCGUCCUCGCUGUUGCUUAUGGCGCUAAAACCGGAUCCAACAAGACCGACGGAGUACUAUUGAUCUGGUGCGCCAAAAAUCCUAGUCAACCUGGUCGCGAAUAUAUCUUUGAUAGUCCAUUGUCUGAUAUCGAUUGGAGCAGAGAAAGACCGAAUCUUCUGGCGAUUGGUUUUUAUGAUGGAAAUGUAAGAGUUAUUGAUGUUAGCGCAAAGGAAGUGAAUAUUAUCAGGCAAAGUCAUAGAGAGACAUCGACAGCUUGCUCACCACAUUGGCAAGUUCAAUGGUGGAGUGGCGAUGAGCAAUUUAAUUACCAAGAACAAAUCUACACCAGUGAUCAAGAUGGCCGGAUAUACUGCUACCGUUUAGGAGAAGAUUUGUUUGCCACAGAAAUCAUGCGCCUAUAUAGAGUCGAAGGUAAACUAAGCGGGAUUUCUAGAACCGAUCAUUGUGUGGCUUACGAUGUACCCAUCAACCGCCAACCGAGUGCGCUUAUUCUUCGAAGACAUCCCAUCGUCAGCAACAUUUACUUUGUCGGCUCCGAUGAAGGUUGUAUUUAUCAAUGCUCCACGAAUUACUUGCGUCAGCACGUGGACAGUUUUCUGGCGCAUGACGGUCCGAUUUACUCAUUUGAGUUCUCGCCCUUUUGUCAAAAGUUAUUUCUAACCUGCGGCGCUGAUUGGUGCAUCAGGAUCUGGGCUGAGAGUCUUACUGAGCCACUUAUCACCCUAUCGACAGCGAUGGCGUGCGUAAGGAACGCUUGUUGGAGCCCUACAAGUUCCACUAUUAUCGCCAGCGUUGUAAAUGACCAGAUUUGCAUAUGGGAUAUCCAUAGAAAAACGCAUACUCCAGCAUCUGUAAUGAUUUCACCGAACGGAACCAGAUUAGUUGCUGCUGGUUUUACAGCGAACGGGAAUCAAUUAGUGAUCGCUGAUGUCGAGGGCGCCGUUUACGUCUACAAUCUUGAAGGCAUGCCAUUUCCACCCUACGAUCAAACUAAAGUAUUAAUUGAGUCUAUCCAUAAGGCAUUGGCAACUAAGUACCAAAAGAAUUAA